AUGACAGGAGCCUUACCAAGAAGCAGCAAAAGAAGAUCUGGCAUGAUGGGCGUCUUUUGCUGUCUCCCCACUCGUCGACAACGACACCUACAGGUACCCAGAGGGCAGGCCAUGUCUCAACCACUUCCUUUAUACCACGAUGAUGACCCCCGCGAGAAAUCACAACCCGACCUCUCAUCGCCAAACCCAUGGCUACAACCCAACAACAGACCAACAUCAAGCGCAAGUUGGGCCUCAUACUUGACUUCAGCCUCGACACCACCCUCACCCUCACCCUCGCCUUCCAACCCAACUACUCCUAUCGAUAUCAACGCCCGCUUCGCCUCUUGCACAAACCACCUCAACCAGAUUUUUGGAAGUCAUUACGUCCCUACACAAAUCUCCCCUCCAUGUCCUACCCGACGACCACCACCACCCCAAACAUCCGAAACCGCUCCUCCACCUCUUUACACAGCUCUCUCAACCAGCGCAGAUAUGGACCUACCCUCCUACGCAGACGUUCUCGGAAGACCUUCUGCCGUCCGUGCUACACCAAGAGAGGCACCGCCUUCUUUUGAGGCAGCAAAGAUCCAGGAACAUGAGGAGGGCCAUGGUGAUGAUCCGUUUCGGUGGCCGGGGUGUGAGUAUUGCCGGGUGUAUUCUUUGUGGGUUUGUUAUUGGAGGGGGGGUGGGGAGGUCAGGGGGUGA